CUCUAAUGUUUAUCCGAGAUAUAAAUAGAGUUUUGAAACCAUACAUAAUUAUCAUGGCCAUUGGAACUUCGAAUUGUGUUGGACUAGUCAUCAUGAUCAAUCAAAGAGAAAUUGUAACAAUAGAAGACCAAAACCUAUUUCUAACAUACAUUGGUUAUGGAUUUAUAGUUUAUACAAUAUUGAUUUUCAUGGCUUGCGACUCAGCAACUAACCACUGAUAUCAAAUGAUCAGAGUGAUGCUUGGUGCUGGGGUCUUAAGGUUUAAAUCACCAAACCGAACCGAGUAAAAUUAGUCGGUUUGAUACCGGUCUGAUUAUAGGUUUAGAACGAUUCUGGUUAUUGAAUUAUUUUGAUGACUUCAUACGCCGCCAUAUCUGAGUUUCUUCUCCGAUUUGGUAUCCAAACGAUGAUGAUCCUCAAGCCUUUGUCGUCUCAGUGCGCUUCCAAUUUCCGUCUCUCUGUAUCGUUUCUUCACAGCGUGGCACUAUCGUGUGCGAAGGUUCCUGUAGAAGAAGAAGAUGUUGACGCCGAAACUGUUUUCCGGAUGAUCAAUGGAUCAAAUCUUCAAGGAGAAUUGAAGGAAUCGUUGAGCUCUAGUGGAAUCCAUUUGUCAAAGGAUUUAAUCGAUAGGGUUUUGAAAAGGGUAAGGUUUAGUCAUGGAAACCCAAUUCAAACCCUAGAGUUUUACAGGUACGCUGGUGCUAGAAGAGGGUUUUACCAUUCUUCGUUUUCUCUUGAUACAAUGCUUUAUAUUCUCGGUAGAAAUCGAAAGUUCGAUCAAAUUUGGGAGAUUUUGAUUGAGACUAAGCGAAAGGAUCGAUCUUUGAUAUCUCCAAGGACGAUGCAAGUUGUGUUAGGUAGAGUUGCUAAGUUGUGUUCCGUUAGGCAAACUGUUGAGUCUUUCUGGAAGUUUAAGAGAUUGGUUCCUGAUUUCUUUGAUACGGCUUGUUUCAAUGCUCUCUUGAGAACUCUUUGCCAAGAGAAGAGUAUGACUGAUGCUAGGAAUGUGUAUCAUAGCUUGAAGCAUCAGUUUCAGCCUGAUUUGCAGACUUUUAAUAUACUUUUAUCUGGUUGGAAAUCAUCGGAAGAAGCGGAAGCUUUCUUUGAGGAAAUGAAGGGAAAGGGGCUAAAACCCGAUGUGGUUACGUAUAACUCUUUGAUUGAUGUGUAUUGCAAGGAUAGAGAGAUUGAGAAAGCUUAUAAGUUGAUAGAUAAGAUGCGUGAGGAGGAUGAAACUCCGGAUGUUAUAACUUACACAACUAUUAUAGGCGGUUUGGGGUUGAUCGGUCAGCCUGAUAAAGCUAGAGAGGUUUUAAAGGAAAUGAAGGAGUAUGGAUGUUAUCCUGAUGUUGCGGCUUAUAAUGCUGCUAUUAGGAAUUAUUGCAUAGCGAGGAGGCUCGGGGAUGCGGAUAAGUUGGUGGAUGAGAUGGUGAAGAAGGGUUUGUCUCCGAAUGCGACUACUUAUAAUCUGUUUUUCCGUGUUUUAUCGUUGGCAAAUGAUUUGGGAAGGUCUUGGGAGCUGUAUGAGAGAAUGUUGGGGAACGGGUGUUUGCCGAAUACCCAAUCCUGUAUGUUCUUGAUUAAGAUGUUUAAGAGACACGAGAAAGUGGAUAUGGCGAUGCGGUUGUGGGAAGAUAUGGUGGUAAAAGGUUUUGGUUCAUAUAGUUUGGUUUCAGAUGUGCUUUUGGAUUUGCUUUGUGAUUUGGCUAAAGUCGAAGAAGCUGAGAAAUGUUUGCUUGAGAUGGUUGAGAAAGGUCAUAGACCGAGCAAUGUCUCAUUUAAAAGGAUCAAGUUGUUGAUGGAGCUAGCAAAUAAGCAUGAUGAGGUGAAUAACUUGAUACAGAAGAUGGCUAUUUUCGGUACAGAGAUUCCGCGAUAAAAAUCAGGACACAUUCUUACAUUCUUUCAGCAUUGUUCAAUAGCCAGUCGAGUCCUUCAUGUAAACCAUCACCAGAGAAUGCACAUGAGCUCUGGACAUGCCUAGCAAGCGAAAAUAAAAAAACAGAUCGUCAGAAGAAUCAAUCCUAAUCGCAAAAUUAGAGUCUUGAAAGGUUUUUCUUAUCUUCUUACCAGUUUCUCUGCCAGUUUUUUUGACGAAGAGAAGUGAGAUCGAGCUUGUUACUGAUCUCAGAAGCAGACAUAGCACCAGGAACUUCAUGCUUGUUUCCAUAUACAAGAACAGCCACAUUGUCCGUCAGGUUUGUUUGUUACCUCAUCAAUCACCACGUUAAGAAAAUCUUUUGCCUCUUCUAUUUGAUCUCUGUCCGUGCUAUCGACUACAAGCACAAGCCCCGCUAUAUCUUGGAAGUAAUGUUUCGAUAUUGGAAACCACUGAAAUGUGUUUUGAAUUACCCAUAAUCAGGUAUGAUCUUACUGUUUCUAAAAUUAACAACUUUCUCCUACCUUGUAACACUGUUGGCCGCCCAUUUCCCAAAAGCUCAAGAUUGAAUCCUUGUAUCUUACACUUUCCACAUUCAAUCCUAGAAACAAUGAUCCGUUUUUAAGGAAUUCAUAGAGAAGACCCGAUUUAAGAUCAGAAAGCAAAAAUGUGAUAAUGAGACUUACCAACAGUAGGCAUGGUUGUGGCAAGGGUUUCUCCGGUUUUGAGUUUGUGCAGUAUUGAUGAUUUUCCGGUAGCGUCCAGACCGAAGAACACUAUCCUCAGUUCUUCUUUGUGGAAAAAACCGGCAAGUGGCUUUCCCAGAGUCGUCCCCAUUUUUCUGGUUUUUGCAAAGAAGUUGACUUUCUUUUGGAUUUGGAAAUCACAAGGAGAGGUCAACCAGUUGACUUUUGAAUCAUUAGUUGUCUAAUUCAUACUGUAUUUGUUUAUGCAACUAGUUGCGUAUAUUUGUUAAAAUCUUUA